GAUCUCCGCCACCGACAAAAGUCGCUGGCAAACGGAUGUUGGUCAGCGAAGCUGCUCCGCUGUUCGUCAAAGUAAUGGGGACGACCUCGUCAUCGUCGCAGGAAAAGUCGUGGGAAAAACUUUGAUUGUGAAUCAGCGAGAGACGGUUUCGCGCUAUGCGGGAGGCCAGCCUCCUCUUCAAAUGUGUCGGGCAUCUUUCACCCUUGUUUUCAAGCGCAAGAUCUUUCUUUGACGUAGUGACUCCAUCGUUGACGCCUAGCAGCUGAUCGCAGUGUGAUCAACGAGCUCGUAUGGCUGAUUCCCUAUCUCUUUCGUCCCAUGGGCUGUCGUUUAAAUGAAAGUUUCGUCUAAUUUCAAGCAAGGUUUCACAACGUUUUGUAAAGAAGCGCAGUCAUGGCGACAAUUUUGGAACGAGGCAUAAUAGGGUCAUGGAGGUCCGCCGGCUGUUGCGAAACUCCUGCCCGGGCCCUGCAAAGCAUCUUGCCUACCCGAAAUGUGGCAUACGCCAAUUCUGGCGCCGAAGUCAUCCCUCAAGCUAGGGAUCCGUCUAGGACCGUUCAAUCGUUUUACAACCAGUCUGCCAUCGACAUUGCAGCUGCGAAGCCAUCUGUACGUUUGACACCAACCACCAUUUUGUAUUCUGGGAAAUCUCCAGACGGAAGCCACCUUCUGCGAAGUGCGCAAUACCUCCACAAAGAGCUUCCGGUGCGCAUUGCACAUCGUAUUGCUGGCUUUCGGAGCUUGCCAUUCAUUGUCGGCUGCAACCCCACUAUUUUGGCUGUGCACGAGCUCUACACCCGAACGUUCUACCUUUUGACAGACUUUCCACCAAUAACCGAUUUUGAGGCGGAAAGCCGAUAUUCCGAAACUGUCCAACAAGUACUGGACGAUCACAAGGACGUUGUGACUCAGCUGGCAGCAGGGUUCAAGGAAUGUCGCAAGCAUAUCAAGCAGGAGGAACUGGUAAAGACAUUUCUGGAUCGCACACUAACUUCACGCUUGGGUAUGCGGAUGCUUGCGGAACAUCAUAUUGCUCUGCGGAAAGAUCGUCCGCAGCAUGUGGGAAUAAUCAACACGCAGAUGCGGCCUAAGGACGUCAUCGAAAAGUGGGCGGAGUUUGUGAGGCAAGUCAGUCUGCAUAAAUAUGGCAAAGCUCCAGCAGUCCGUUACAAUGGCCACGUGAACUGCAGCUUCCCGUAUAUUCAGCUGCCUCUGGACUACAUCAUUCCGGAGCUGCUCAAGAAUGCAUUCAGAGCAACAGUCGAGUACCACAAUGAUUCUCCAGAGUCCAGCCUUCCUCCAGUCACCAUCACUGUCGCAAACAAUGACGUGGAUUUCAUAAUUAGAAUAUCCGACCGUGGAGGGGGCAUCAGUCACGAACAUUUGGGUCAGAUAACGCAGUACCACUUCUCAACAGCUGGCUAUCACGAGGGACAAUACGAUGGCGGUCUUCUGGGUAACAUGAUGAGCCAACCCACUGAAGGGCCUGGCGGAGGACCCAUGCACGGUUUUGGCUUCGGUCUGCCGACAUCGCUGGCAUACGCCGAGUACCUCGGAGGAAGCCUCACCAUAGAGACUCUCCAGGGCAUCGGAACAGACGUUUACCUUCGCCUGCGCCACAUCGACGGAAAGUACGAGAGCUUCCGCAUCUAGGCCAGGGGUGUGCAGCACUCUGACGUUUGGAGGUUCUUGAAUAUACAUAUGUUAGUCCUAUUUUUGUUACAGGGCGCAAAAAAAAAAAAACAUUUCAAAUAUACUAUCAUCCAUUUUUCUUUGCUCCUUCGGGGAUUCUUCUCUCAAAUGACGGACAAGCCUAAGGAUAGAGCUUGAUCUGCCACACAAACUCUAUCAUUUCUUUUUUUUUUGUUGUUUCGUACGUCCUAGCCUCUUCGAGGUCACGUACAUGUGCACCAUGUGCUCCGCAGUUACAUCAUGAGUAGCGUAAUGACACAGGUGUUAGCUUAAUGUAACGACAAUGUGAAUGGAGGUGAGUGCGUGACAUAGCGUAUUAAAUAUGGAUUUGGAAAUGAAGUGACCUAAGCAUGAGAUACAUGCGACACAUUUUGUAGCUAGUCAGGCACAGACUGCUCUAUCUUCUGCUUGUCUAUAUGUAUCGAAGGGUCUGGGACAGCGCUAACUGGGCGCCGCUACACUGGGCAUGAAAGGAUUGCCAUUGGGUUUCUUUCACUUUUCUUCCUUUCUUUUUUUUUUGAGUGCACACACAGGGUGGUCACGGCCUGCACAAGAAAUCUCAAAUUAUUAAUGCAGGCAGGACGUUGAAUAUAUUUUCUGUUGUGUUAAUAAUUUGUGCGCUUCAAUAGUGUUAUGUCAAUAUUUUUGCAUGCAGCUUAUGUUGAUAAGUAAUUUGUCACAAAGUUUGGGCAAACACGUUUCUUCUAGUUCAUUGUCGUGACUCAUCAGGAGGGCGGAAUCUUGAGUUUUGUGACGCGACUGACAUGUUCACGAAGAUGCUGCUAGAGUGUCCUCUUUGUAGUACGGGGUAGAAGAUAACGCUUGAACUCUAAAGUUAGAUGCCUUUUCCAGGUGGAAACGGGAGUGGUAUGUGCACAAUGUGCACUUUUUCUACACAUGUUAGGUUUUAACUCAAUACUGCCUUGUAUUGUCGUGGUGAUGCGUUGUGAAUGUUCACGAGAACAAAUGCAGUGUGUUCGAAUUUAGAAUCAUAUGUGACUGCUACGUGUAAAUACUGACUGCAGUAAUGAAAUUGUAAUAAAUUUGUUUUAGAAUGAA